GGCCGUCAUGUCCGCCGGUCUCGUCAUGCUCUCCCAGGCUUGAGUACGGUAGUAUUUCAGACCCGAAGAACUCAGAGACACCCACUCUUUCCAUUCAGAGUGAUCUGAAGGCAUCACCAGGUGUUAUAGUCUGGGUUGAAGUGGCUUGAAUAUCACGCCGAUUCUCCUACACACAUUGUUCAACGUUCAGGUCUAGCACUGACUCGGAACUGAUGCCGAAUCCUGUCGCGGAAAAUGUAUUGGGUACGAUGGGCACAAUAUGCUGGUGCGGUCAGUUGCUACCCCAGGUGUGGAAGAGUUGGAGGACGAAGUCGACGAAGGGACUUUCACAUUGGCUGCCGUUGCUGUGGGCUAUCGCUGCCGUCCCAUUGGGGACAUACGUCAUCGUGCAAGACUUGAACAUCCCACUCAUCGUGCAGCCUCAGCUGUUCUCGUUUCUGUCGCUUGUUUCAUGGGCCCAAUGCCUGUAUUACGACAAGCAAUACUCUCGACGCUCAUGCAUCCUGAUCUUUCUUGGGAUGAUGAGUCUCGUGGCUGCACUCCAGACGGGCUUUGUCUAUGCUUUGAGACCGGCUUACCGUGCAGGUAAAGAGUCAGGCCAAAGGGGAGUACAGUUCUUCGGAAUCAUGAGCACUAUCCUGAUCAGUCUCGCUCUAUUGUAUGUUCGACCUCUUCCACCCUCUUCCUGGUUGCUCAUCUUUCGUACGGCUGGAAAAAGCCCACAGUACUACGAAAUAUACAAAUACAAAGCUGUCAUCGGCAUCUCUCUCAUUUUCAUGGCGGUCGACGCGCUUGGAGGACUCUUCUCCGACCUCUCACUCGCAUUCAAACAGGAUUUUGACGUCAUUGCCUGUGUUUCAUACUCUGCCGCUGCCUUCUUGGAUGUUAUCGUCAUCGUUUGCGCUUUGAUACUUAAUCCUCGCGCUCGCAAGCGUGAUCGGGUACGACAAGCCGCUCUCGCCGGCUCAACGAUGGACGAACCCAGAAAUUGCGGUGAUCACAAUGAUAAUAUCAAUAGAGAUAUUGAGCAAGAUGGACCUAUUCCGCUUACGGAUGCUGAAGCGCAGCAUCGAACUCGUAGGACUGAGUUGGGAGGGAUUGGCCAUGAUAUCGAAUCUACUGCUCCUGAGGCCCCGAAGGAGUAGGAAGUUAUGCAACGUGAAGUAAAGAAGCUCUGAUAUAGUUAUGGAAUAUCUAUCACCUCAAGACACAUCACCGAAUAGAUGCGUAUAGAUGCGUAUGGCCUCUUGAGCCUUUCACGCCACAUCUUUCUGGAUCUCAUGGAGUUAGAUAGAGCAUCCAGAAUUUAUAAUAUCACUUUCA